AUGUAUGCUCGCAUUAUCUUGGUUGUACUCCUUCUCAAUGCCGUUAGAAGAAGUGAAGGUGAAGCUGGUGGUAUAACGAGCGAAGAUACAAUCGGUGCUGGGGAUACCGCCGCAAGAUCUGAGAGUGCUGGAAAAAACAAUGGUGAAGCUGAAGCUGUUGAAACGAGCGAAGAUAGGACUGAAGAAGGAAGAAAUGGUGCUGUGGAGACCGUCGCAGGGUCUAAGGGUGAGACCGCCGCACAAGGAGCAAAAAAUGGCGUUGCUCCUGGAGGAAGUAAUGACGCUUGCGUAACACAAAAACAUGCUGAUGAAAGUGGCAGCGCUGGCGACGCUGGCAAAAAGACUGAAGGACACCUCGUUAAUUGCCAGACGAUUGCCAACAGUGCAAUGGAUAAAUUCAUAAAGCAAUCUCCAAAUGCAGGAAAUAAUGAACUAUCGACUCCACCACUUGAGAGAGCAGAUGAUGUUGGCGAAGAUGAACUAAGCGACAGUUUCGAGCGUCUCCUGAUCGAAAGUGACGAGGAAGCUGCUUUCACCGCGGACAAUCACUCAAAAGGAUACGCAAUCUGA